CAAUCAGGAUCUACUCGAGCCCUACGCCUCAGCCAAUCAGCGGACAGGCUGCUCUUCGCGAAAACAUGUCGCCCAUGAAGCUGUGUGUACCAGGUGACAAACUAUGCAGCAUAGAAGACUGUUCUCCAGGCACAGGAGUAUAUCAGCGGCACGGCUACAUUUACUCCUCACUAGCAGGCUACGUGCUCAGGAAAAACGAGGGAGGGCAGUUACCUGUGAUCUCAGUGGUGAGGGAAACAGAAGCACAACUGCUGCCAGAUGUAGGAGCAAUAGUCACCUGUAAGGUGACCAGCAUCAACCCCCGGUUCGCCAAGGUCCAGAUCCUCUAUGUAGGCUCCACGCCGCUCAAAGAUCGCUUCAGAGGGACUAUCAGAAAAGAAGAUGUGCGUGCAACAGAGAAGGACAAGGUGGAGACAUACAAAAGCUUCAGACCUGGUGACAUCGUCCUGGCAAAAGUGAUUUCUUUGGGUGAUGUUCAGUCGAACUACCUGUUGACAACUGCUGAGAAUGAGCUGGGAGUCGUGGUGGCACACAGUGAAGCAGGUGCCCAGAUGGUUCCCAUCAGCUGGUGCGAGAUGCAGUGCCCGCGGACGCACACCAAAGAGUUCCGCAAAGUGGCACGAGUGCAGCCGGAGUAUCUACAGGCAUGAGAGUCCUGAAACGUCUCUCCUCCACAAGGAACACACAGCUUCCCCCCGCCAUACUCCAGUCACUGUUGUCAAGUGGCCUCUCAACUCUGUUCUAGGUGUUUUCUGAGAGACUAAACAACGUGCAACUUGGUGGCUACUUCUGGUGUCAAGUCUUUCUUAAGUGUUUUUUUUGUUUUUGUUUUUUACAGCUUUCCCUGUGCACAUUGUGUUAUCAGUGGAUUGUACCAGCUUAGAAACACUGAAGCAGCAUCAGACCAAACUUUUCUAUGUGACCAAUAUGUUGAGAAGCUAAAAGCUUUGAAAUUAUACUUAGAUCAGGUCAGCUAAAAGAUGAACUGUGUUGCUUGGUAACUGUAAGACUUGGUUAGGGCAAGAAUCAGAUUACACCUGAAGGCAAAGAUUAAAAUACAUACUCUCUAACCAGAGGUCAUUACAAAGGGCAGUGGCUGCAUUUGGUCUGAAACGAGGAGGCUCUGAUAAAAAUAAGCUGCGUAGUGAGCACUGCACUUUGAAGCUUUCUGCAUCUGUGGCUGACUUGACUUUCUUAAAUACCUUGUCUAUAAAGAAGUCUAUCUCCUGAGGCCAAUUUUUCAUAAACCUCAGCUUUUCCAGUUACAACAUGUUGACUAAUGUCCACACAACAGUUUUAAAGGGAAAGUGAAUGGGAUUUAGAGCUUAAUGUUGAAACUGACUUGGAACACAGCUCAGCUACCAUGCACUGAAUACUGAAGUACAACAUAUGAUGGUCAAAUAUUUUUCUUUUCCAGCACAUAAUUGAAACUGAAUCAUUCUGAGCCCACAAGCGAAGAGAAAUGUCUCCAUAUUAUCUCUGACGUAAAGUGAACUUUUCUUUAUUCUCUCCUCACUCUACAGCAGAUGUCAUGUGCAAGACUGGAAUAAAAUGAAACAAUGAAA